AUGAGUGUCUACCCCUUAGCUCUUGCCUAUAAUACCCUCAGAGACCUUGCCAUCGUCUUAAUGGAACUGCUCGCUCAACCACAACUGCCUCAACUGCACAACUCCUGGCUAUCCCAGAAGUACCAGAUGGUGGCAGGGUUUCUGGAUCCUGCACUGUAGAGGCAGAAAGUGAAUAUGAAGAAAAUGGAGAAGUUGAAGAAAAAGGUGGAGUGGAAGAACGAGAAUGAACAGAAACCCAUGGAAAAUUGGAAACAUGCAGAACAGACGGAUGCCAAGGACCCAGCCCUGCUGCAGCAGUGCCUGGGAUCUGGCUGUGUGAAUCCCACCCGGCCAGGUUCCAAGUACUGCUCAGACUACUGUGGCAUGAAGCUGGCAGCUGAACGGAUCUAUGAGAUCCUACCCCAGCGCAUCCAGCAGUGGCAGAACAGCCCCUGUAUUGCUGAGGAGCAUAGCAAGAAAAUGCUUGAGAGCAUCCUCCAUGAGCAGCAGGACACUCGUGCCCACCUAAAGAACAUGGAGUAUCAGUUCCAUGAACUUGAGGCCAUCAUUCUGCGUGGCAAGCAGCAGACUGUGUGCAAUGAUGAGGAAAGCACCAAAGUUAUGAACAAAGCCUGCCAGAACAUCUUCUGUGUCUCUUGUGGGAAAUCUAUCAGUAUGCAAGGUGCCCUGCGCCACAUGGAACACUGCUUUGCCAAGUAUGAGUGCAAAUCAUCCUUCGGGUCCUUAUACCCCACUUGCAUUGAAGGGGCCACAAGGCUCUUCUGUGACUUUUACGACCCAAAGAGUAAGAGGUACUGUAAGCGGCUCCAGGUGCUGUGUCCUGAGCACUCAAAGGAUCCCAAGAUACCAGAUGAUGAGGUGUGUGGUUGCCCACUAGUGCACAAUGUCUUUGAACUCACUGGUAAUUUUUGCCGCCUCCCCAAACGCCAGUGUAACCACCACUACUGCUGGGAAAAGCUGAGGCGUGCCGAGGUAGACCUAGAGCGCGUGCGAGCGUUGUACAAGCUGGAAAUGCUGAGUGAGCAGGAGCAGAAGGUACGCACAGCUAUGAGGAACCGGGCCGGUCUGCUGCCCCUGAUGCUUCACCAGACAAUCCAGCACGACCCGCUCACCACUGACCUGCGCUCCAGAGCAGACAACUGA